UCGCUGUGCUGCGCGUCUCUUCCUGAGCAGAAGGCAAGGCAGCAGCAGCCGGGGCUGCAUGUAAACACACCACGCAGGGCUUUGUUUCACACACUCUGCUGGUAUCCCCCAUCUAGUCAUGCCAUGGAUAUUUUGUGGCAAUACCAGUUCCGAAUCAUUUUACUCGGGGAUUCGACGGUGGGGAAGUCGUCGUUGCUGAAACGCUUCACGGACGGAAUUUACAGUGAUGUUGCGGAUCCCACGGUCGGGGUAGAUUUUUACGCCCGCUCGCUCGAUAUCGAGCCCGGGGUGAAAAUAAAGCUUCAGCUCUGGGACACGGCCGGCCAGGAACGAUUCAGGUCCAUCACAACAUCAUACUACCGUAACUCCGUGGGCGGUCUUCUGGUCUUUGAUCUCACCAAUCGCAAGACCUUUGACCAUGUGAGGGAGUGGCACAAGGAGGUGAGUGAGCACAUCCUGCCCCACCACAUGGUCUACAUCCUCAUCGGCCACAAGAGCGACCUCAACAAGGACCGCAAGGUGAGCCGGGAUGAGGCGGAGCAGCUGGCGGCCGAGAUGGGCAUCCGAUACGUGGAGACGUCGGCCAAGUGCAACAGCAAUGUGGACCGGGCCUUCGAGCUGCUGACCAGAGACAUCUACGAGCUGAUGAAGAUGGGGGAGAUUGUCACCCGCGACGGCUGGGACGGUGUGAAGAGUGGCCUCACUGCCAAGGUGCUCUACCCGGCCGACGACGAUGAGGAACUACCUACGGCGGUCGCUGAAAAGGGCUGCCACUGCUGACUGUGAAUUCCCCGCGUCCAAACACUGACCCCCCCCCCCCCCCCCCCCCCCCCCGUCACACCGAGAGCUCUGCUCGUCUCACAGCUUACCAUCGAAACCAAGUCACUCAGGCUCAGCACCCUGCGGUAUCACCAUCCCAUCACGUCCUCACCUUGUGCUCUGUGCCCUCUCUCUUUGUGGGAUCUUCUGACAACCAGGGUUCUUUUUUAAGGGGGGGGGAGGAUUGUACAUCCUCAUGCGUAUCUUAUAGGCAACAUUGUAUCUCUAAAUCCAUGUGGUGUAUAGCAUGAGCUGAGUUGUUUUUGGCCUUGGCCUGGGUUUGUAAAAACAGAGAAAGUGUGCAGAGGGGAUCAGGUCUUGGGGCUUAGAGCCCUCGAGUUAAUGGACUCCACUGAAGAUACGAUACAUUUCAUACAGCACUAUUGUAGGUUUCUAUCUGUCAACGUUUGUGCAAUGCUUUGCCUGCAAUCUUUUGUGACUGUAAUAAUGUAAAUAUAGUGAAAUCCAUAGAAAAAGGUGACAAGAGCCAAAAGUUUACUGUAAGCUAUUUAAAGGCAGGGUUGGUAAUGUUGAAAAGCUAGCAAGAUUUGAAAGUACGUCUAGUCAGGGCUCGGUCUAACCCCUCCCCCUGCCCUCGGGGCUCCGUCCAACCCCUCCCCCUGACCUUGUUGGCUCGUCCAACCCUCCCCCUGCUUCGGGCUCCGUCCAACCCCCCCCUGACCUUGUGGCUCCGUCCAACCCCUCCCCCUGCCCUCGGGGCUCCGUCCAACCCCUCCCCUUGCCCUCGGGGCUUCGUCCAACCCCUCCCCGACCUUGGGGCUCGUCAAACCCUCCCCCUGCCCUCGGGGCUCCUGCCCUGGGCCUCCAUCCAAGCCCUCCCCCCGCCCUCGGUGCUCCGUCUUAACCCCUCCCCCUGCCCUCAGUGUUCCAUCUAACCCCUCCCCCUGCCCUCAGGGCUCUGUCCAACCCCUCCCCCUGCCCUCGGUGCUCCGCCUAAUCCCUCCCACUGCCCUCGGGGCUCCAACCCACACACAGAUGUGCACUUGCACCGCUGCUUCAGUGCAGAGCGAAGAAAGGAACGCAAUUUUACUUAAUGCCUCCUUCACCAGUAAGCAAACAGCUAAUAUUAUCAUACCGACUGAUAAAAAAAAAAAAACAUGACUGCUGUUAGCAAUGUGGCUACGCGCAUUGAGCUCAGGCUCGCACAUGGAAGGGGUAGAGUAUGAGCAGCGGGGCAAGGAGACAUUUCAUUGGACCGUGAGGCAGUGAUUGGUGGGAGUUUUUACAGGAUUACAGCAGCUACAGAUGACCAAUCUUUUUCGCUCUUUUUCCAGGGCACAUAAGUUAUUUAUUGCUGUCAGGGUGUUAAGACCAUUUCAAACAAUGUAUAAAAAAAGUGUAUUUUCGGAAAUAGUUACCAACCCUGCCUUUACCUGCUAGUGUGAAAAGACACAGUGCACUCUACAGUAAGUGUCACCAUGUUAAAUCAGUGUGUUCCUUCUGCUACUGUAAGCUGUAUGUGCACUCGCGCCAAACUGACUUAAACCUCUGAUCACUCUGUAAAUAGAUGAAUACGUUUUUCUAAAGAAAUAUAAAAUUAUUUCUAGUUAAGGUGUAUAAAUAAAGUUCAAUGUAUUUAGGGUAGGUGGUCAUAUUUAGGUAUUUGUAUGGCAUAAACAGGAGCAAGACAUUGAGUGUGUUAUCUCUCAGUCAUCAGACCUUUAAUGAUGUCCUCAGCAGUAGCAAAGAUGUGUUUGACUUAGAACAAACAGUUGUUUAUUUUGUUCAAAGCUUAAUUCACAAAAAUAAUAUUCCAUUCAAGCAUGAGCUGAGGACGAAUGCCAACUCAUUGAACCCAACGGUGCAGAUAUCUGUGCUGAUUGUGUGGGCCUAUACUCCAUGCAGUGUUCCAGUGGGGUCAGAAGGAAAUUUUGGUUCAGGUCUGGAAAAAAGUCAGGCUUCCAAGUAGAAAACCUUGGCAACAUGUAUCAACCCUGAGAGGAAACAUUGUCAUUGCAGCAUAUAUUGCACAAUGUAAUUAGCACACAUUUUUACAUGUUUUUACAGCCCUCCAAACCCACUACAGUUUAGGAUAUAGUUUUAGCAAAAGACAUUUCCUGCCUGACAAAAUGCUGGAUUGGCUCUGUGCAGGGCCUUAAAGGAAUAGUUAGAUCAGAAUUUGGAUAUCCAUCUUAGACAUGGGAUGUGUAUUAAUCCUCUCAUCUAACUUUCUCAAAGGAAGCAUAUAAGUGAGUGUUUCCCAAAAUGUUGAAUGGUGUCCUUAAAAGCUAUCAUCAAAAUGCCUGUUCUGACUUGUAAAACUCUGACUGAAGUGAUUGCCUGCAUCCACUGGCUUUUAAGGCCAGGAUUGUUGUUAAAGGGCGAGUCCAUUGUUCUUUUUUGUUUAUUUUUUAUGUUUUUAAUAUUAUUUUGUAGCUCCCAAAUAGUGUUACUUAUGUUUUCAAAUCCAACAUUCCUAUUUUUUGGUAUUAUUAUUCCCAAGCCCUUCUAAAAACGAAUGCCGUUGUGGUUUCUGUCUGAUGGCUUGCUUCAGUAGCCUACAGUAUGGUAGGCCAACAGUACAGGACAGUGUAGUAGGCCAACAGUACAGGACAGUGUAGUAUGUCAACAGUACAGUACAGUGUAGUAGGCCAACAGUACAGGACAGUGUAGUAGGCCAACAGUACAGGACAGUGUAGUAGGCCAACAGUACGGACAGUGUAGUAGGCCAACAGUACAGGACAGUGUAGUAGGCCAACAGUACAGUACAGUGUAGUAUGUCAACAGUACAGUACAGUGUAGUAGGCCAACAGUACAGUACAGUGUAGUAGGCCAACAGUACAGUACAGUGUAGUAGGCCAACAGUACAGUACAGUGUAGUAGGCCAACAGUACAGUACAGUGUAGUAGGCCAACAGUACAGGACAGUGUAGUAGGCCAACAGUACAGUACAGUGUAGUAGGCCAACAGUACAGGACAGUGUAGUAGGCCAACAGUACAGUAAAGUAGGUGUACAGUAUAGUUUAGUAGGCCUAUACUAUACAUACUAUACAGUAUACUGUACAGUAUAGUAGGCUUACAGUAGGCUACAGUAGGCCUAUAGUAGGCCCUCAGUAAAGUACAGUAUAGUAGGCUAGGUGUACAGUACAGUAGGUAUACAGAACAGCACAGUAUAGUAGGCCUACAGCACAGUAUAGUAGGCCUACAGUAGAGUAUAGUAGGCCUACAGUAAAGUACAGUGUAGUAGGCCUAUAGUAGAGUAUAGUAGGCCUACAGUAAAGUACAGUAUAGUAGGCCUACAGUAGAGUAUAGUAGGCCUACAGUAAAGUACAGUGUAGUAGGCCUACAGUAAAGUACAGUACAGCGGGCUUACAGAACAGUUCAGUAUAGUAGGCCUACUGUGUAGUACAGUAUAGUAGCCUACAGUAAGUCGGGUGGUGUUCUGCACGGCGGCCUCGUGUUUUUGGAGAAACAGACAGGAUGCCACGUUAAUCUCCGUCUUUUUAAAUGUCCGCUAUUUUUAGAAUAUUUUCACCGUUUUACGAUGCCGUCAGACAGCUCUUUCCGACGGGAAACAGAAACCGUUAUCUAUGCUCUCUUCAAAUCCCCCAGACUUAUUUGAUAAAAAGAGCAAUUGUGACUUCGCUGGUGCUAGCGUUCACAUUCAUAACCUAAUUGAUUUGCUUUCUGCGGUAACCCACGUCACUGCUUUUUGCUCAGGCAAAUUUUAAAGCUGCUUUUAAAGUUGCAGAACUUAUUUGUUCACUAAGAAUUGUUGACAUACCAUACAUAACUUAAGCUUUUACAUGGGUAAGAGUUCUUGGGAUUUACCGCCUUGUGACACUAAUAAUCCCAGCUGUAAUGGAGCCUCGGGGGGACGUGGAAAAGUAAAGUUUGGAAACUACAUACUGAAGACUACGCUACCCUCCGCCCCUUCCCCCCCUUCCCCCCUUCAUCUUUAAGCAGCAUCGUGUAAAAACACACUGUAAACUGCAGGAGAUUAUGCAUUCUGGAGUUUUUACUUUGCAUUCAUGUAACUAAUUUGACCUUUUUUAUAUCCGUGACUUGUUAAAGAUAUAUGGGUGAUCCAGAAAUUCUACAUUAAUACACCAGCACCAUCCCUUUAUUUUUACUUGUCUCUACACAUUCAAGCUGUAUGCUUCCUUGUAAACUACCCGCUGUUAUAGCAAGGUUUAAAUACAGUAUGCUACAGUGUGUACACUGUAUACGUUUUUGUUCCUCUGACAAUCAGAUGUUAACAUUUCAUGUGCUUGACCCAGAUGAGGACUUCAUCACAUGCCCCUGCCACAUGCCUUGAAAUCUAGUUAUGAACAUUCAUUUCACCAUUUGACAACCAGUCUGUGUUUAAUACUACAACUACCUUUCUCACGUUUGUCUCUUGUCAGAACAGGGUUAGAUCGCAUGAUAUUGUUGUUAAUACUGUGCUGUUAGCAAACUGAUCUCCAUCGAGCCUGAUUCCCAUUCCUAAGCACUGCACAUCAGAAGGGCCCGCCGCGCUCCACCGUAGGAAAAUGGCCGCCGCCGAGCGUUGGAAAGCGCUGGUUAAAGGGCAACACUGGAAAGACACCAAGAAGAAAAAGGCUUUUUAAAAGACUGAAAUUGCUAAGUUAUCAUUAACUAUUACUAGACACUUGAUACACAAUGAUAUAAGCCCAUGGUUAAAAAGAUUGAAUACAAUGGGCUAAUCAUAGAGUUUACAACAGCAUUUGUAAUCCAACAAACAGUGACCAUCAUGUGUAACAACCAUGACAAAGAUUAUGACCACAAUCAAACUUCAGUCCGGUCUCCCUCGUAAUGGAAUCUUAAAGCAAAGUAGUUCAACGUUUUGGGAAACACAUGUAUUUGCUUUCUUUCUGAGAAUUAACUGAGAAGAUUUGAACCACUCAGUAAGUAGGCCUACAGAACUGGAGCCAAGAGGCGAUUAGCUUAGCUUAGCGCACAAACUGGAAGCAGGGGGGACAGCUAGCCUGGAUCGGUCUAAAUUUCAAAAUACGCCCAUCAACACCCCUAAAACUCAUAAAUUAACACAAUGUAUCAUGUUUGUUUAAGGUAAAUAUGACAGAAAUAUUGGACGGAUGGUUUAAAUGUUCAUCAGAAAAUGGAGCCAGCUGGUAACCCCCAGUAAAUUCUGCCUGUGUUCUGUUUGUGUACAGGUUAAACUGACAAGAUACAGUGAGUAGUGAGCUUUAGAGGUGUUGGUAUUGGUAUUUCUGAACUUUUUACCGAGCCAAAUAGCUGUUUAACUCUGUUUUCUGUCUCUAUGCUAAGCUGGGCUAACUGAAUCUUGGCUCCAUGUAGCUGCAUAUGUAACACACAUGUUAUUUAUAUCAAUUUCUUCACAUCUCAGAAAGAAAAUGGGUAAGUGAAUUUCCCAAAAUGUUGAAAUAUGCCUUUAAUGGUGGUGGGCUUUUAAUGUUGUCCACAGGAAUGAUCAAACCAACCCACUGAUAGGGCUUCUGAACCAGAAAACCCCCGCAGCUGUAAAGCCUGCAAGAUGGUACAGAGUAGUUCAGCUCUUGAUCCCCAUGGUCACAUUACACAGCUUUACUGAAUACAUGGUUAUUUUAUACAUCAUAUAUAAGAGAUAUGCCUAUUAUUUGAUGUGAUUUUAUUGAUUG